UCUCUCUCUCUCUCUCUCUCUCUCUCUCUCUCUCUCUCAAAUGGAGAGGUCAGCUGUGCUACUGAUUUUGUGUGCGUGGAUUGCUUCUCUGGUUCCGGGAGUAAUGCUGCAGGAUCAAGCCCAGCCAGGUUUCAUAAGUAUCGAUUGUGGAGAACAAAAACCAUACCCCGACAAGAAGUACGGGAUAAAUUUUGUGGUGGACAAAGAUUAUGUAGACUCUGGAGAGAACAUGAUAUGCGCAGAUCUCAUCUACCAGCAAUACGAUGCUAUAACAAGACUUUGAGGAGCUUUCCUAACGGAACAAGAAACUGCUACACCCUAAGACCAGACAAUGGCAAGAGCAACACAUACUUGAUUAGGGCAACAUUUUUGUAUGGGAACUAUGAUAGGAAGAACCAGAUUCCUACAUUCGACCUAUACAUCGAUGUUAAUUAUUGGGAUACGAUCAAUACUUCCAAUUAUGUGUUCACAGAAGUUGUCUAUGUGCCUCAAAGGGAUUAUAUACAAGUGUGCCUCGUAAAUAUUGGUAAAGGAGUGCCCUUCAUUUCGGCAUUGGAACUUAGACCUUUAAUCAAUUCUCCCUAUUGGAAUGAAUCAGGAUUUUUGAGGCUUGACAAUAGAUUUGACAUCGGAGGCUUAAGCGGGAACAUCAGGUACCCGGACGAUGUUUAUGAUCGCAUCUGGAAUAAUCGGACCUUUCGUGACUGGCGUAAGCUCAACCAGGGGGCGUCCGCCUCAGAUUUAUCCAACAACUACAACUCCUAUAAGGUUCCAGGGGACGUCCUCCAGACCGCUCAAGCUCCUAUAGUCUAUUCUCUAAUUUCACCCAACGUGACGGCUAAAUGGAUUGUGUACUUCCAUUUUGCCGAAACCCAAAUCUUGCCGAGUGGCCAGCAGAGGAGUUUCACGGUUUCCACAGGAGAUGGGCAAUUCAUGCAGACGGUGAGGCUCGAGUACUUGAAGUCAGUGACCGUAGUUUCCCCUCCACUCUCCGGGUCCACGAUCAGCUUCUUAUUCAAAGCAACAACGGGGCAGUCUGGAUAUCCGCCACCGAUCAUCAAUGCCAUGGAGAUCUUUCAAAUUCAAGAACUUCCGAAUGUACCAACAGCCCAAGAUGAUGGUAAUCUUUCGCGCUUCUACUUUUGCUUGAGAUGCAUGAGGAUUGUUGGACAUGAUGUUAUAAAACUGCAGUUUCGUGGUAAGGAUAAGCCAAGUGUUUUGUGGUCAUUCAGAGUGCACGUCAAAGCUCUCACUGCCACCAAGGCAGAGUAUGACGUGAAAAAAGAUAGCUGGCAAGGUGAUCCAUGUGUACCAAGCAAAUUUGCGUGGAAGGAUCUGAAUUGUAAUGAUGGAGAUCCUCCGAGGGUUAUUUCACUGAACCUGAGCUCCAGCAAUUUGAGGGGCAACAUCCAUUCUUCACUAUCAAAUCUAUCUGAAUUGGAGUCCUUAGAUUUGUCCAACAAUGAACUUACAGGAGCCAUACCAGAAACUUUGGCAAAUUUGCCGAAGUUGAGAAUUCUGAAUUUAAGCGGAAACAAGCUAAAUGGUUCAGUUCCUGAGGCUCUUAAAAGAAUGGUUAAGGACAACGGAUUGGACCUGAGGUUUGACAACAAUCCCGAUCUUUGCUCGGCAAGUCCUUGCCCAAAGAAGGAGGCUAAAACUAAAAACUCCAUCUUGGUCCCAGUUGUUGCAUCGGUUUCAGGCGUGGUCGUAAUUAUCUGUUUGGUCGUUAUUUGGUUGAUUAGAAGGAAACAGAUAAGAGGAAUGGUGAAAUUAAGAUCUUUCAAUUAUGGUGAGAUCACAAGGAUCACUAAAAACUUUGGAACAGAGAUUGGUGAAGGAGGAUAUGGGAAAGUAUAUCUUGGCACUCUAGAGAAUGGAACCAAAGUUGCAGUGAAGAUGCUCUCGAAAAAAUCAUGGCAAGGGGACAAGGAAUUUCAAGCUGAGGAGAAACACUUAAUGAUUGUUCACCAUGGAAACUUGGUUUCUCUACAUGGAUAUUGCGAUCACUCUGAAAACAAGGCAUUAGUUUAUGAAUACAUGGCUAAUGGAAACUUGCAACAACACUUACAUGGGGACAAGCCAGUCUUAACUUGGAAACAGAGACUUCACAUCAUUGUAGAUGUAGCAAAAGGUUUGGAGUAUCUCCAUAAUGGAUGCGACCCGCCCAUUAUCCAUAGAGACUUAAAAGCGACAAACAUCCUGCUGAAUGAAAAAAUGCAAGCGAAAAUAUCUGACUUUGGUCUCUCAAGAACAAUCACAGCUGAGACUGAUGCUCAUGUGUCAACUCGUGCUGUUGGCACUCCUGGUUAUCUUGACCCUGAGUACCAUUCAACUAUAAGCUUAAACAAGAAGAGUGAUGUUUUCAGUCUCGGAAUCAUACUCCUUGAGCUAAUCACAGGACAUCCGGCAAUGAUGAUGAAGCCAGAAGGAAAUGUGCACAUACUUAAUUGGGCGAAUUCCCUCAUUGAAAGUAAAAAUUUGCAGAAGAUCAUGGAUCCAAAGUUAAAAGGAGAAUUCGACAGCAAAUCGACUUGGAAAGCGAUACGGGUUGCAGAGUCUUGUACAAAACCAACUGGAGAUCAAAGGCCUGACUUAGAUCAUGUAUUGGCAGAAUUGAAGGAUUGUUUGAAAACUGCAUUGGAACCCGAAAAAAGUCCAGAAGAUGGGAAACAAAAUGAGAAAAUCAAGUAGUUCCUUCGAAAGGACCUCCUCAAGAGUUCAUUCAGCCAGUACUUCCCUUGGAAGGGUGUUGGGUAUUAAGUGCAUGUGAAUUUCUGUUGCUAAAUUUCUGCAGCCGUCAAAAUUGAACUCAAGUGUGGUUAUAUUUCAAACUUAUAUUUACGUGUCAAUUUGGAUAUUCAGAAGUUGUUCUUGUCUCUAGUUAUUCUAUUAUGUCCA